AUGCUCAACAGUAGUACGAGUAGUACAUUGAAUUGUAGUGUAACGGAUUCGAACGAAGCCAUUAAAUCAUUCCAUAUUGAGAAUGAUAACGACGACGAGGCCACCGAAGACAAUGAUGAUCAUCCCAAUAUAUCUGAUCCUCAUGUAAUCAUCCACUCACUGCCGACAUCAGCAUCAUCGCGGCGUAUCAAACGUCAAUACAUAUCGCACAAACGUAAAAGGAAUAACCUAUGGAGACAAUAUUUAACACAUGCAUUACGUUGUAUGGAUUACGCAGAGAGUAGUCGAUUACGUCUACGUAAAUAUUUACAAACUUUAUUAAUGAUUGUUACUAUGCGAAAAACUGAUCACUUAACGAUGGAUUUUAUGAAUAAGUUACAUUUGAAAAAGUUAAUAGCAACAAUGCAUCGAAUGUUUGGUAAUCAUAAAAGGAUAAUUAAAAAAUCAACGCAUUCGUCGUUGAGAACAAGUGAGUUUUUUGUAAAAUUCUUAAUAUGUGUCAUAUGUUGA